UUGUGGGAGGGCUGUGUUCUUUUCUUCCUCCUUCUCCCGCCCGGUGCAUUCUGACGUUGCGCGGCAGGGAGGGAGGGCCCUAGAGCGGCCGCUGGGACGGGGUCCCCAACAUGUCCGUGCUGCUGGCUGCAUUCGGGCUGCGAGAGCAGAGGACGGCGAGGGGAGAGGCCGCUGCGUGAGGAGGAAGAGGCGGCGGCGGCGGCUCGAGCUCAGCCAACCCCCCCUCCCCCAGAGCCCGGCGCCUCAGUCGGUAAAGGCGGAGGCUGCCCGCCCGCUGCUUAAUCGAGCGAGGAGUUUACGGCGCCAGAGUUCUUUGCAAAUUAAGUAAAGAUGGGUGCAUUUUUGGAUAAACCAAAAACUGAGAAGCAUAAUGCUCAUGGGGCAGGAAAUGGUCUGCGUUAUGGCCUUAGCAGUAUGCAAGGAUGGAGAGUGGAAAUGGAAGAUGCUCACACAGCUGUUGUAGGAAUUCCUCAUGGCUUGGAAGACUGGUCCUUCUUUGCUGUUUAUGAUGGUCAUGCAGGAUCUCGCGUGGCAAAUUACUGCUCAAACCACUUAUUAGAACACAUCACUAACAAUGAAGACUUCAGGGGAACAGAACAGCCCGGCUCUGCUCUUGAACCUUCAGUGGAAAAUGUAAAGAGUGGAAUCAGAACUGGCUUCUUGAAAAUUGACGAGUACAUGCGCAAUUUUUCAGACCUCAGAAAUGGCAUGGACAGGAGUGGCUCAACAGCAGUGGGAGUUAUGAUUUCGCCUGAGCACAUUUAUUUUAUCAACUGUGGAGAUUCACGUGCUGUUCUCUAUAGGAAUGGACAAGUCUGUUUUUCAACACAAGAUCACAAGCCUUGCAAUCCAAGGGAGAAGGAACGGAUCCAAAAUGCAGGAGGGAGUGUCAUGAUUCAGCGUGUUAACGGCUCAUUAGCAGUGUCUCGUGCUCUGGGGGACUAUGACUACAAAUGUGUUGAUGGCAAAGGCCCUACAGAACAACUUGUUUCUCCGGAGCCUGAGGUUUAUGAAAUUGUGAGAGCAGAAGAGGAUGAAUUUAUUGUCUUGGCUUGUGAUGGAAUCUGGGAUGUAAUAAGCAAUGAGGAGCUCUGUGAAUUUGUUAAGUCUAGGCUUGAAGUAUCAGAUGAUCUGGAAAAAGUGUGCAAUUGGGUAGUGGAUACUUGUUUACACAAGGGAAGUCGUGAUAACAUGAGUAUUGUUCUAGUUUGCUUUUCAAAUGCUCCUAAGGUCUCAGAUGAGGCAGUGAAAAGAGAUGCAGAAUUGGAUAAGCACUUGGAAUCACGGGUGGAAGAAAUUAUGGAGAAGUCGGGUGAAGAAGGAAUGCCUGAUCUUGCUCAUGUGAUGCGCAUUCUGUCUGCAGAGAAUAUCCCAAAUUUACCACCAGGAGGUGGUCUAGCUGGCAAGCGAAAUAUUAUCGAAGCUGUCUAUAACAGGCUGAACCCACACAGAGAGAAUGAUGGGGACCCUGGUGAAGCUGCGGAAGGUGGAACACAGGGAAAGUUGGUGGAAGCUCUCAAACAAGUGAGAAUUAAUCAUAGGGGAAACUACCGCCACCUUCUGGAGGACGUGCUGCUUAGUUACAGGCUAGCUAAAAUGCAGGGAGAAGAUUACUCUGACGGACAGGCAACAACAUCAACUUCAGAUACCUCUGGUGGAUCCAUUGACCAAGAGACAGAGUCUGAAGCAGAAUCUGAGCAGCAGCUUGCUGAAUCGCAAAGCACUAAUGAAGAUUCAGAGAUGAGAGAUGAACAGAGUGGGAAACAGAUGGUGCUGGCGAUCUAGAAGAUCCGUGGUAGCCUUACAGAUCUACUAAAAUGCUUUUGAAUCUGAAAAAUGGGGGAAAAACUUUUAAUCAGUUUUCUUCAAUACAAGGGAAAAAUUCUGGUGGAUUUCCAACAUUUUGUGAAAUGGGCAGAAAGAAAUUAUUAGGAUUUUCCAUCAUUUGUUCAUAUUUGUGUUUUCUGAUAUUGCCACUCUUAGCAUUGCCUGUACUACAGUAUUUUUACCAGCCUUGGGUGUAUUGGUUACAUCUUUAUGGAGCCUGAGCCCUAAAAACCAAGGAAGGAAUAAUGCUGGGAGCACAUCACUAAAUGUACAUAAUGUACCAUGGGAUUGUAGUUGUACUCUGAAGACACACUAUGGUUUAACAAAACUUAAAAUAUAAGCACGACUCAGUGCAAAUAAUUGUAACAAGACACUUGCUUCACCUUACCAAGAUGGAGGCUUUUGCAGCUCUGGGCUUGGAAGUCAUUUCAGUUGGGCAAUAUGCUAUAGGAUGUGUAUUUUCUUUUAAUUUUCCAGUUUUACCUGUAUUACCAGACUGUUAGGUUUUUCCCUACAGUGUCCAAAUUGUGAUAUGUUGCCUACUGCUUGCUUAAGAUAAAGUGUAUUUGGCAAUAAUAUAAGGAGAUUUUAGGCAUCUAAAACCAAUAAGAAUUUUACGCAUGUGUAUAACACAUCCUUAAACUCUUGCUAGAAGAAGUCUUUUUAAACCAAACAACUUAAUUUAUGGUUAGUUGUAAUUUGCUUUGACAUCUCACUCAUUGCUGCAAGUUUUUUUUUUAUGCUGAAUAUUUGCCUUUAUUAUAAUGUAAAUUGUGAUUUUGUUCUAAAUGUGGUUUUCUAUAGUUUUUUCCUUUGAUUUCUAUCAGCUUAAGAGAAGAGAGGUCUUGUGUAAUAUGGGUAUAAUUUUUAAUUGUUUGCAUUAUUUACAAAGUCAAAUUAUCACUUUGAGAUUACUAUAAAUACAGCUAAAAUUAUCUAUUUUAAAUCUAAGAAAAUAUUAGAGAUAUUUUCAUGGGUUCAGUGACCUUUCAUUUUAUAAACAAUGGGCAUGGUACAGAGUGGCCGUCAUGUAAGGUACUUGAAGAUUCUUAGUUUAAUUCUAUUUUUGCAAUAACCUUAUUUUUUUCUUAAUUCUUUUGAGUUGUGCAUGUAUUGAGUCCAGUUAAUGCUGAAAGUGGAGAAGAGUAAAGUAUUUAUCUAAAAAAAUAAAAUAAAAGCUAUUGGGGAGGGGAAACAAUGAAUGUAUCCAUCUGUACAUGAUCUACAUGCUGUGGAUGCCUUGUAAACAUUUUCCUAUUUGUUUAAACUGUGUUUCAACGAGGAUGUAAUUGCCCUUGUGUGUAGUUUAAGCUAACGACAGUCAUCAACUGGUUUGUGUGAAAUGAAAUUCAUGGUAUUUUUCUGUAACUUCCCCCCCAUACACACACUUGAGUGUAGAUCCAUGUACACUCGUAUAAUCUGGUGCCUACAGCCAGCUUCCCAAUCAUUUGGUUCAUUGUGUAUUUGAUUUUUUUUUUUUUUUUUUGGCGGGUCUAGAGAAGAUUAUUGCCACAAUAUAUUUUAUUUAUUCAUUAGAUUUUAGCCUUGUAAGUUAAAGUGUUCUAAAUGAUGAUGUUAACAGGUAUUUGUCCCUACUGGGUUUUUUGGGUUGUUAAAAGCUAGGGAACGAAGAAUGCAAAAUGGUUUAUUGUUCAGACUGUCUGCUCUGGUCCAAUCCUGUACUGAUAGUACCUUCCCAGUAUGAUAUUGUGAUGUUUCAUACAAUACAGUGAACAUAACCAACUUGUUAUCUUCAAUAAAGGAUUGCUAAAACA